GAAUUUCGAAAAUGGAGGCAUCUUUAUUUCAGGAGGAUGGUAUAAAAAAGUGAAUAGAUUAAAUCAAUUUAUUGUAGAUUUACUUGAAAGUGAGCAUAUGUUGUCUGUAUGAAGUUUACCGACAUAUCGGCUAUGUCGACAGAAGUUCCAGUCGUAGUUGAAAGCUUGAACAAUCAAGUCGACGUUUCAACAUCCGCACCAAAAUGUUUGAAAAACGGAGUCAUUUCACCAUUGCAUCCUGUUAUGCGAACAUGGCAAGCCUUUGUUGUAUGGACCAUCGUUCUCUCAGUCAUCAUAGACAUGUUUAUGGCGGCUUUUACAUCACAAGUUCUCACCCUUUGGAUACUCGUCUACUUUUGUGAUGCUGUCUUCAUAAUCAACAUCAUUCUUACAUUUUUCACUGGCUAUCUCGACAAGGGAAUUCUUGUUGAUGAAAAGAGGCAAAUUGGAAUACGAUAUUUGAGGACAACGUUUGUUUUAGAUGCCAUAUCAAUCUUGCCACUUGAUUUGUUUGCAUUUGUUGUGGUUGGACAACCUAUUUGGAAAACAUUAACCCAGUUGAGAACAAACAGAUAUAUUCGCUUCUAUAAGAUCCCAUCUUUUUUUGAUAACAGGGAAGCUGAACUUGGUUCGAAUACUAUCAUCAUUCGAGCCCUCAAAUACCUAGUUUUAUGUCUCUUUACAACCCAUGCCUUGACCUGUGGUUGGUUCGCUAUUGCAUGCGAAGGGAUGCAUGCGGGGAUGACAAGAACAUGCACCGAUGGCAGUUGGGCAAAGCAUCCUUCAUUCGGACUAAACCUAGAACAAGCUGACGCAAUGACAACUUAUGUAGUGUCUUUAUAUUGGGCUAUGGCAACUGCCACUUCUACUGGAUAUGGUGACAUCUACCCAGUUAAUUUAAACGAAAAGUGGUAUUCAGUUAUAGGAAUGUUAGCGGGAAUAUCAGUCUUCUUUGGGAUGUUGCUGGGUGGUAUGACGUCAAUGUUGACAAAUUUUGACACAAACAGAGCAAGAUAUCUACACAGGCUAGGCGCCAUUAAAGAUCAUAUGCAAGAUUGGGGUGUCAGUCAGGACCUACAAAAAGAAGUUGUUGGCUACUACGAAUAUUUGUGGCUACGAAAGAAAGGUGUAUCAACUGAAAACUUGUUCAGUGACCUGCCAAUGACGUUCUUGGCAGAACUUUCAUACACUAUAAAUGGUAUUAUUAUUCAAAAGGCUCCCAUAUUCAAAGAUUUGAACCCAGGCUUCUUGAGAAUGCUGGCAAUGAGUAUCAAGCCGGAGAUGUUCCUACCAAACCAAAUCAUCGUGAGUCGAGGAGAUGUUGCACAUCAGAUGUUUUUUAUUCAUAGAGGGGAAGUUGAGGUACUGUCUGAAGAUGACGAUGACACUCCCAUCGCUGUUCUCAAAUCUGGUAAACUGUUUGGGGAAGUUAGUUUGAUAUACAGUUUGCCCCGAACCGCAACCAUUCGAGCUGCAACACAUUGUGACAUCAUGGUAUUGGAUAAGUCUGAUCUGAACUUGGUAUUGUCGCACUAUCCCGAAAUAUUACCCAAGCUUCAGGUGGCAGCAGAAACUAGAUGCAGUGGUGCAGAUGACAUUCACGAUUUUGACAUCCCAAAAGCUGCCGAUGAUGUCCAUUUCAAAGCUGUGCAAGCACCAAAAAGUGAUCUCACUUCUGACCAUAGGGAAUCGCAUAAGGCCUUCGCAGAGAUGACCGCUGAUCGCCCUGUCGCCAACUCCCAACACAAAAGUGCAAUUCACACACAUCGCAGGACCUCAUUAUCUGUUAAUGAUGAACUGGAACUGAUGCCCAUUUCUGAAGAACAAGGGGAUUUUACAGAUCAGAAAGAUACUAAUGAAGAGGGUUACAUGGAGUACAUACGUAACACGUACAUUGACCCAGUGGGAAAGUUCUACAGGAAUUGGGAGAAAACAGUCUCAGUUGUUGCAAUAUUGAUUGCCUUUCUUUACACUUAUAUGGCAGCAUUUACUGCAUACUCUCCGAGACACGGUUACGUUGACAGCACGCUUGGUAUCAUAUUCCUGGUGGUUUCCUAUUUGUUUGAUAUCAUCUUGGUCAUGGACAUUGUGAUACACUUCAAAACUGGAAUUGUGGUGGACACUGGCAUUGAAACAGAUUUCAAAUUAAUCGUGAAGAGAUACAUCAGCUCCUACAGGUUUUGGUUUGACGUAGCUGCAGCUUUUCCUCUUGAAAUCUUUUGCCUCACAGCUACCGAUGAAAAUUGGAAAUGGGUGUUGUUCGCAUUCUUAAGGCUCAACCGACUUCUGAAAAUAUACAAGGUUGUGCACUUGACAAGUAAAAUGGAAAAAUCUAUCAACGUGUCUAUUGGAAACAUUCGUAUUUUCAAAUUCGCCUUCUACAUCACUAUCUUGUCUCAUAUGUAUGCUUGUGCUUGGUACAUUCAGGCAUGCAAUUCCCUUCAAUGUGUGGUAGAUAGUUGGGCUACGGGGGCAGGAAUCGACAGUGCGACUCAUCCACUGACUGAGUAUGUUCUCUCACUUUACUGGGCUGCUGCAACAAUGAGCAGUACUGGAUAUGGCGAUAUCAGUGCUAGUACCACACUGGGACGAGUUAUUGCUCUGUGUGCAAUGCUAUGUGGACUUCUGCUGUAUGGCUACUGUUUGGCAGCCAUUGCUGCAACUUUAGCUAAUUUGGAUGCAAACAGAGUUAAUUAUCAAAGUCAUAUUUUUGGUGUGAAAGCCUUCAUGAAGGAGAACAACCUCAAUAAAUCCAUCCAGAAACGUGUGACAAAAUAUCUAAGUAUUUUGUGGCAGAAAAAUAGGGGUGAAUACAUUCCAGGCCACGAAUCGAUCAUGCAUGACAUGCCAGUCUCGCUACAACAGGAUAUUGCUGUUGAAGAUGCAAUGUCCACACUUGGAAAGAUUCCCCUGUUUCUGGAUACAGAUGAGACAUUUAUGAGGAGGCUGUCAUUAAAGGCCCAUGUCUACACAUUUUCCCCAGAUGAUAUAGUUGUGUAUGCUGGAGAUAUGGGCAGAGAGAUAUAUUGUGUGAGGAGGGGAACACUAGAGAUUAUGUCAGAUGACCUAGAGACGUGUCUUGCAGUCAUAUCGACAGGGCAAUACUUUGGAGAGAUUGGAAUGAUCUUUGGCGAUCCCAGAAUGGCCACAGUAAGAGCUAAAACAUACUGUGAGAUACUGGUUUUGAAUCGGAAAAACUUGGAUGAAGUAUUGGAAGACUUUCCACUGAUUGCUGACCAAUUUACAAAAGCUGAAAAGAACAAAGAGAGAUUGCUGAAUGUCCAGAAGAGGUUGAACUUGGAAAUGAUUCAUAGUAAUCAAAAAAUCACAUCUAUGAUAGAUAUCGUAAGAAAAGAAGAGAGAGAACACAAGAAACAAGCAUCCAAGGUCACAUUCAACAAACAUAAAGAAGACUACAUAACACCAUUUCAACAGUUAAACAUUCUCAGUAGGACAUUAUCAUGCAUGCUUAUGAGACACAUAUUGUUGCCAACUGGGAAGUUCCUGAAGCGCUGGGAAAUUAUGCGGACCCUGAUUGUGAUCAUUUUAGCAUUCACCAUUCCCAUUCAAGCAGCCUUCAAACACACAAGUACAACACUGUGGAUCAUCAACUACAUCUUUGAUAUCAUUGCAUAUAUAGACCUGUACAUUGGCUUCCAUACAUCUUACUACAAUGAGGAGCAUGUUCUAGUGGCACAUCCACUCUCAACGUCUAAACAUUAUUUCAAGUCCUUAUUUACACUGGACCUGAUUGCUUGUUUCCCAAUAGAGGUGUUUGCUUUAGCUGCAUGUCCUAACUUCUCAUCUGAAUGCUUACAUCUACUUGCACUAUGCAGACUGAACAGGUUGAUCCAGGUCUACCGUAUUCCACUUGCCUUCAACUAUAUAGAGUCUUCUGUUGAGAAAGACACUGGUAAUAUAAGAUCUGGUAAAUUCUUGGUGUAUAUUUUGAUCUUCUUAAACUGGCUGACAUGUGCCAUGUUUAUGAUGGCUUGUAUCCCAGAGCUAAGUGCAGUUGUAGGGAACUACAUAACUACUAGUGGUGGACAUAAGUGCAAAGCAGACUCAUGGAUUGUCAAAUCCGACUUCAAUAUUGAUAUCAGUACAGUAGAUACUAGCGUGCUGUAUGUCAUGUGUUUCUAUUGGGCCUCGGCCACAUCAGUAUCUGUGGGUUAUGGUGAAAUCAAUGCUCACACGGAGAUAGAGAUGAUCGUGUCUCUCAUCAUCAUGAUCCUUGGCGUCCUGUUCUUUGGCUAUAUUAUCGCUAGUAUUGCUGCCAGUUUGGCCAACGCUGAUGCCCAGAGAGCCAGAUUUCAAGAAAAGCUAGAUUCUAUUAAUAAUUUUGCACAGGAUACGAAGAUGGAUUCUGAAAUAAAAGAUCGACUUAUAAAGUACUACGAGUAUGUGUGGGUAAGAACUAAAGGAGUGGAUCCAGAGAAAAUCUUUGAUGGCUUGCCAAUCUCACUUUGGGGAGAUGUCACACUUAGUCUUUAUGAGGAUCUUAUCAGCAAGGUGUCACUCUUUCAAAACACAGAAGUAGGCUUCACAAAAAUGUUGUCCCGAUGCAUCAAGCCAAUGCUGUUCUUGAAGGGAGAAUAUGUUGUGAGAAAGUUUGACAUUGGAAGCACUAUGUACUUCAUACAUCGUGGCUCAGUAGAUGUGGUGUCAGAGGAUGGAACAAUGAUAUUUGACACUAUGAAGCCUGGAAGAUUCUUUGGUGAAGUUGCUUUGUUGUUUAGUUGCCCUAGAACUGCAUCCAUAAGAGCAGGCACCAAUGCUGAUGUGUUUGUGCUUUCCAAGAAAGAUCUUGAUGAGGUAUUGGCAUUCUAUCCUGCCAUACGUGAACAGGUGCUGCAGACAGCAGAGGAGAGAAGAGAGCAGGCUAAGAAGAGGAGUGCAGCUAAAAUAAAUAUACCACCACCCCCACAACCAAAGCCUGAGCCUCCACCAUCAGUCCACUUGAUUAAGCCACACACUGAUUCUACAAUAACCCAAGAAGAACAAGAUGAGGUUGUGGAGGCUGUUGUUAAUAUAACAACAAACCUUCCUGAUGAAACAAAUAACUCUAAUAACAACAGCAGCAGCAACAAGAAUAACAACAGCAAUUGUUGGCAUGACAACAUGAACUGUCAUUAUUGUAAUACAGACAAUGAUGAUGACUUAAACAACAACAAUGAUGACAGUAAUUUCACUGAGGACAGUGAUGGGGACAUGUACAACUAUCUUAGUGCCAACGAUGAUGAAGAUAACAUCAAUAACAAUGAGGGUGAUGACAAAAAGCCAGAUGAUAGUGAAGUAGAGAUCAGACAGGGUAGUUUUGCAAGAGGACUCAACAACAUUGUGACCAGAAUCUCAAAACUGAAUAGUUUUACUAUUAAUCCAAACAAGACAUAUGCAAGGGUCCAUGUGAGACUGAUAUCAUUGUUGAUUCUUAUUACUGCUUGGACCAUCACUUAUGAGGCUGCAUAUCAGCAUCACAGCAUUGUUUUCUAUGUGAUCAACUAUACCUGUGAAGCCAUCUUCCUUUAUGAUAUUUUCAUCAAUUGCCACAUGAGCUAUAUUGAUACCUAUGGCGAUAUGGUAACAGAUUUUAAGAUCAGCUUCAAGCAUUAUAUGCGUAGAUUCAAUGGGUUUGCCUUUGAUCUCAUUGCCAUAUUCCCCAUUGACAUCAUCUGUCUGGCAUUCAAUGGGGACGAAAGAUUCAGGAUACUCUCCUAUCUGCGACUUCUACACAUAAUAAGAUUCUACAGAGUGUCCCAGUUCUUUGCAAGUUGGGAAAAGGAGCUUAACAUCAACAUGCUGAUGGUGCGUUUGCUGAAGUUUGUCAUGCAGCUCCUAUUAAUCAUUCAUGUGGGUGGCUGUGUCUGGUACUUCAUUGCAUGCCCAGGAGGUGUAUGUACUGCAGGAUCAUGGGCCCAACAUUCAGAUCUUACUUCUCCAUCCAUCCCACCAAUGCAGAAAUAUUGUGACUGUGUAUAUUGGACAGUGGCAACCAUGACUUCUACUGGAUAUGGGGAUAUACAUGCCUACAGCCUUUUAGAAAUGAUAUUUGCAAGUUUUGUAAUGGUGCUUGGUAAACUGUUGUUUGGUUUCAUCCUUGGAAACGUUGCUUCUACAUUGGCCAAUGCAGAAACACAGAGAGUCAACUAUGACAACAAACUAGAGGCAAUAAAGGACUACUUAGUAGACCAAGGAGUGACAUCAAGCCUGCAAAAUCGUGUUAUUUCCUACUAUGACUACCUGUGGACAAGGAAUAAGGGUGUUGAUGUAAAGACUAAUCUGAUGGACUGUCCAGAGCCAUUCCUAGCUGAGAUCUAUCUGAGCCUCACCAAGUGUAUGAUUGAUACAAUUCCAAUGUUUGAAGAUGCUGAGGCAAGUUUCUCACGUCUUCUUUCUAUGAAAAUCAACACAAUGCUGUUUGUCCCUGGUGAUUGCAUUGUCAGGGAGGGUGAUGUGGGCUCAGAACUGUACUACAUUUACAAAGGAGAGGUGAAAGUUACAGGGAAUAGCUGCAGUGAGAGUGAAUAUAUGGCUGAAGGAGCCUUCUUUGGUGAAAUCAACAUCAUUUAUGAUAUCCCCAGACAGGAGUCUGUCCAGGCUAUCAGUCAUGUAGACAUGUUCGUGCUUGCUAAGAAAGACUUAGAUGAGGUGAUGCACAGUUACCCAAUCAUGGAAGACAAGAUUCGAUUCAGUGUUGAAUCAAGAUUCGGUAAAAUAAUGGAGAGACGAGCCAGUACAAUGAGUCAUUUGAGCCAAGGAAAAGCCAAACAAAAGAAAGUUAGCAGACAUGGGAAUACCCUCACAGUAUAAAUGUGAAGAUAAACUAAGAACAUACAAACAUCGAACAAACUCAAAAUAUCAUAGUAAAAAGUUUAAUUUAAUCAAACUCUGUAUCAUUGUGAAACAAAACUUUUAGUAGUAUUCAUGGAGGGUUACAAAUAGUAGAUCUUCUCUAAGCAAGUAUUGGCAUAAUUUGUGAUAGGUUUAUAUUGUGUCCAUUGUUAUGUGUUUGAGUGCGCUUGAAAUUGUUACAGGAAGAGUAGACUAGAGGGGGUAAUUGUUGGAACUUUAUUCUGAUUGAUUGGAAUUGUUGUUUAGGCAUGCAGGCACUACUGUUGUAUCUGGAAGGUAUAAUUCAAGGUAUUGAAUGUCCUCUGCUACGUGUGAGAUGCUUGUGGUUUGGUAGUGGUGGUUUGUUCCAAAUUGUUGAUAGGUUCAUACAAAAUGUGCCUCAAAUGUUUGUGGACUUGUUGUUGUUUUGUUUGUUUUCAUUGUUAUGAUUUGGUAUGAUACAUUUGUACAAUUACACAUCAUCCUCUUGCAAUCUCGUUUAAUGAUUAGUUUUGGGUUUGCCCAAACAAGCUAUGAUUUGCCCAUUGUUUUCUUGGAUGGAUAUUUUGUCUCAUUUUAUUUCGUUUUCUAGUAGUACAUUUAUUUCCACUAUUAAUUUGGUUGUUGAUUUUUUUUAUUAUAUUUCUUAUAAUUGUGUUUAUCAGUGGUUUGUUGGUUGAAUAUUUUUCCACACUGUUUGUUGGAAAACGUUACCUCAAACUAGCCUAUUGGCAUAUUUGUAAAUGGGAACUACAGAAUACCAAUUAGCCAACAUGAUAAAAAGUCAUUGAUUUUUGCCUAUUAAUAAUCAAUGAUAUUUUUUUUCAUUUAUGGAUUUGAUUUGAAUACAUUUAUGAAAAUAUUGUCUCAGUGGCUUUUUUGUUGAAGAUCUUGUGCUGUUCAAAUUUUAUUGCUUUUGAUGCUUUCUUGAAAAUAUUGUCUCAAUGGCUUUUUUGUUGGAGAUCUUGUGCUG